UUUGAAAACAAGCUCUUGACAUUCAUAUUGACCAACCAUGUCAUCCCGCAUCGAACUACUCAAUGCUGGUCUUCUUCGCAGCGACGGUCGUAGACCUUAUGAACUACGGACAUUAGCCAUCAACUUUGCACCACAAGGAACAGCAGACGGCAGCGUCACCUACUCACACGGCCUCACUCAAGUACGCGUCUCAGUACUCGGUCCACACGAACCAAAACAAGGAACAAGACGCGAAACAUUCCACGAUCGCGCAACACUAAACGUCGAAGUACAACUCGCCCCUUUUGGCGUCGGUGAACGAAGAAGAAGAGGCAGAUCCGACAAGCGUCUCCUUGAACUCGCAGCAUCAAUCAAAAGCACAUUCGAACCAGUCGUCCAAACCCAUCUCUAUCCACGCAGCACAAUCGACAUCUUCGUACACGUCCUUCAGCUCGAUGGCGGCCUCCUCCCCGCUUGCAUAAAUGCCUCCACCCUCGCUCUAGCAACAGCAGGUAUCCCCCUCUUCGACUUUGUCUGCGCUAUCAGCGGUGGCGUGUACGGCACCCAACCCUUACUCGAUCUAACCACAGUCGAAGAAAACGACGUCCCUAGCGUCGUGGUGGGCGUGAUGCCUCGUACCGGACGCGUCACGCUCGUCCAGAUGGAGACCAGGUUGCAUAUGGAUCGCUUUGAGGAGGUAUUUAGAGUUGCUUGUGAUGCGGGCAAGGUGUUAUGGAGUGAGAUGAGGGAUGCGCUCAGGGAACGGACAGGUGAUUUGGUGGAUAAACUUGAGGCCGGGCCCGGAAUGGUUGUAGCGAAGGAGACUGAGACAUAGGAUUGAUGUCAACUGUAGCUAGCGGUUCCGGUUAAACUGUUUUGUAUGAUCGGUAAUCGGUGCCGGUAAUUUGAAGCAACAC